CUAAUAAUCACGAGCACAUGCGACUGAACUCUUCCCCCCUCUUUUCCAGUUCAGUAAGAGAGAAUAGAUCGCACAGUCAUGGCCCCCAUCAGACCGGCAAAGAAACAGGAUGUCGUCAAGAAGCCCGCCAGCGGGAGUGGCACCUUUCCUACAAACUCGAGUCUCUUCGAUGAAUUUCGCACGACUAAGAAAGACAAACGCUUGAUCAAGCAUGCCAGCUUCGUUUCAAAGAUUGAGAAGAGCUCGAAUAAGAACCACAAACGGCGACGUGCCUCGAAAAAACUCGUCACAAAUCUGGACUCCCUGGCGGAUGCCCUACCCGAAACCGAGGAAGACUUGAAGAAUUCGAGCAACCAGGUGAACAUCAUCAAGCAGAAGACUCUGAAACAUAAGAAGGGUGCUCAGAAGCGCAAAGAGAAGCUAGAGAAGGUCGAACGAGACAGAUUCGCAAUGAACAUGGCACAGCUGUCAAGCAUGGAGACGGCUGCUUCGUCGAACGCCAAUGCGACCCCCGACGCCAAUGCAGGAACCAGUCGAUGGGCAGCAUUGCGAAACUUCAUCUCUCAGACAAUGGAACAACAACCUGCCUUCAAGACGAAUCAAUGA